UGCUGCGGCCAAGGAACCGCGCCUCAGCCCGCGGGGAAACGCCUCCAUAAAGGCUGGAGGGAAAACAUCAGGGAAGGGCUGGUUCCUUUUCGGCCACGACGAAGUGAGGAGGAUCACAGGGCUGCGUUCAGCUUGGAGUCCGUAAAUCAGCCCCGCCCUGCAGCUGUGGGUGCUCCGGUGCUAGCAGCCCGGAUCCCCCGGGACCCUCAGGCGGUGCCGGUCCCUCGGGGUCCCUCCGGGUCCCCCGCUCCCCUCAGGGUCCCCCCGGGUCCCUCAGCGCCGUUGGCGGCAGCGCCACCCGCCCCAGCCACGUCUCGCGCCCGGCUCCCGCUAGCGCGCACGCGCAGGGGGCGGAGCGGCCGAGCGGGGUCACGGAACGCAACGCGAUUGGUCCGCGGCCGUGACGUAUGCGGCGAGGCGGAAGUGGCGGCUCCGACCAUGGACAGCAGUGAUGACAUUGAAGAUGUGUCUCUCUUUGAUGCAGAUGAUGAUGUAUCCAGGAGAUCCAAAAAGUCAAAAAUAAGGCACCCAGUGGCAUCAUUUUUCCACUUAUUCUUCCGAGUCAGUGCCAUUGUUGUUUACCUGCUCUGUGAGCUCUUAACCAGCAGCUUCAUUGCCUGCAUGGUGACCAUCAUCCUCCUCCUGUCCUGUGACUUCUGGGCUGUAAAGAACGUCACAGGGCGGCUCAUGGUUGGCCUUCGCUGGUGGAACCAGGUGGAUGAUGAUGGCAGGAGUCACUGGGUGUUUGAGGCCAGGAAGGUGUCAGCACAAGGGGGUAAAACCUCAUCUGAAGCAGAGUCCCGAAUUUUCUGGCUGGGCCUGAUCACCUGCCCUAUGAUCUGGGUGAUCUUUGCCUUCAGUGCUCUCUUCUCUUUCAAAGUGAAGUGGUUGGCCGUGGUGGUGAUGGGGGUGGUGCUGCAGGGAGCCAACCUCUAUGGCUACGUCAGGUGUAAAGUUGGCAGCAGGAAGAACCUGACCAGCAUGGCAACCAGCUACCUGGGGAAGCAGUUCCUGCGGCAGACCGUGGCUACAGAGGACCAAGCAGCAUCCUGAGUGUGGGGGGAGCCUCCAGCCAGGCUGCAUUCCCAGCAGUGACCACAGAGAAGUUGCUCUGAGCAAUUUGGGAGCUGCACACAAGGUGUGAAUCAAAAGAAGUAAAUAAAUUGUGCAAGACUUGA